GUGUCACCUGAGGGGGCGGGGCUAAGUAGGGUGGCUGCGAUAAGCAGGUAAAAACGGAGAAAAGGGAAAAAAAGCACCGGGAGCUAAAAUCCGUUUAUCGCCAAGAAACACAAAAAACAGCUCCUCCCUCUCAGCUGCAGCAUGACGCCCAAUGAGGGGCUGUCCCACUGCAAACUGGCGCUGGCCUUUGCUGUCAUCAUGGACCUGCUGGGGGGGGCCGCUCUGCUGGUGGGAGUCUUUGCCCGCCUGCAGAUUAAAGGACAGGAUUACGGAGAUUUGCUGGUCUACAGUGGUGCUCUGCUCGUCGUGGUCUCCCUUGCCGGCUGGGUGCUGUGGUACAGUGGGAACAUUGAGGGCCUGACCACAAAGAAGGAGCUCGGACAUAUCGGCAGCGCGGUGGACAGGCUCGCCCGCACCCUCAGCCGGAAGAUGCGCACGCGCAGAGAACGCCACUGAGCGCAUCUGCUCCACUGCAACCACCGUGGCUGACAGUGUUUUGUCUAAAAACUGACGCCAUGAGCAUUCCAACGGUUUUGUUACAAAAGUGUUUUCUUUUUUACAAGUGUCAGAUGUCAAAUAAACUUUUGGAUAAAAUCA